GUCCCGAUAAGUGUCCGAGCCUGACCUAUGGUGCCACUCGGUAUUCUACAUUCGUCCAAGCCGUCAAUCUGUCUUAUACUUCUUGAAUACAGCCACAUAUGCGUGCGACAAUAAUGUUUAUAACAAUAAAUAGUUAGUGAAAAAAAACUAGCCGACACUAUUACCAAAAGACUGUAACAGUCGCAAAAAUUGUGCUCGACGAACUUGGACGAUUAUCUAUGUAAACAUUUUUUAUUGUUCACAAAGUUAUUUUUUUAUUUGCGAACGGUUUUAAUCUCAACAAAUAUAAGAACAAAAACAAAAUGAUAAACAAAGGAAUCUUGAGACAAUUUUUGGCCGCAACUGCAGGGUCACUGUCCAUAAUGAACGUGGGCAUCAUACUCGGCUGGACUUCGCCGAUCAUGGAGGAACUUCUGGGACCUGACAGCCCGAUCCCGAUGACGGUGGACGAGAGCUCAUGGUUCGUAUCUGUCAUCGACUGGGGCCUGAUUUUAGGGUCGUUGCCAUUCGGCGUGCUGGCUGACCGGUGGGGCCGAAAACCCAGCCUACAGAUCAUCGGGCCAAUGGCGCUAGCCACGUGGGUGGCUCUGUUGUACGUCGACACAUUUCAGGGGCUGUUGGCCGUGCGGUUCGCGCAGGGCUUACUGGCGGCCGGCGCGUACACGGUGCUGCCGGUGUACGCGGGCGAGAUCGCCGGGCCGAAGAUCAGGGGCGCUCUGGGCACGAUGUUUCAGAUAAUGAUGUACGUGGGCAUAYUGUACGUGUACGCGGCCGGUAUGUACCUGGACUACACGCGGCUCACGUACGCAGCGAUGGCGGGACCGGUGGUGUUCUGCGCACUGUUCGCUGCCAUACCGGAAUCGCCGCACUUUUACGUGAUGAAGAACCGCCUGGCGGACGCCAAACAAGCGCUGGUCUGGCUGCGCGGUGACGAAACCGGCAGUACCGUGGACGACGAGAUGGACGUCGUAGUCGAGUGCAUAUGCAAGGAAAUGCGAAACGCAUCCUUCACCGAACUGUUCACCGACUGGGUGAGCCUUAAAGCGCUCAUCAUCGUGCAGGGCCUGUCCGUGUUCCGGGUGAUGGCUGGCGUCACCGCGCUCAUAUCGUAUGCGUCCAUCACGUUCGCGGAGAUGCACGUGGCCGUCGACUCCAACAAGCUGUCGCUGGUAUUCGCGUGCUCGGUGCUGUUUUCUGCGUUGCCGUCCACCUUGCUGGCAGACCGGGUGGGACGCAGGCCGCUAAUGAUCGUGUCGUGCGCUUCGUGCUUCGCGUUCGACUCGGCCAUAUUCGCGUACUUUUACGUGGACAGGUGCACCACGUACGACGUCACCGAUUACGGGUGGCUAUGCGUGCUGGCCGUCGGCGGGCUGUCCAUCGCGCACACGCUGGGCCUUGGCUCGCUGCUGUCCACCAUCAACUGUGAGCUGUUCCCGUCCAACACCCGGUCCAUAGCCAACGCGGUCAACACUAUCACCCUGACCGUCGCGUCGUUCCUGGCCCUCAAGAUCUACCCCGUGCUGGCCGACGAUGGCGGCAUGUACCGCAAUUAUCUGAUAUCGUCGCUGUUCAGCCUCACCUCCAUAAUCAGCUGCUUCCUGUGGCUUCCCGAGACCAAGGGCAAGACAUUCGCCGCCAUACAGGCCCAGCUCAGAAAGACUGACGAUUUGGUCUAAACGACUGUACGCCAUCGAGUUCAACCACUGAUGGUGGAGGUAUAGCGGAGGUAGAUGUGGGUGAGUGGUGACCAYCCGGUUUGUACGAAUACGAUUCGAGCACCCGCACAAUAUUUUUACGACUUGCCAAAUACGUCGGAUGUGUAGAAAGUUAUACAUACGUCAUAUAUAUAUACACAAUAUAAUAUUAUUAUAAUUUAUAGUCAUGGUGGSACGAUGUUCUGUGUAAGAGAAAAAAUCUCUCUACGUUUAUAUUUUUUGUAAAGGCCGCGAAAGGUGCAAUAUUGCUCGAAAAUACUGAAAAUAUCGUUAAUGUUUUAUUUUUUUUUUGCAAAGGCUGUAAAUGCGCAUUUGCUCGAAAAUACUGCAGUCGUCGUUUAUUAAAAAUAUCAUUGCUAUAACUCAAUUGUAAGAGUGAUUUUUKUUUUUAUUAAAGCACUGUGUACAUUGAUUUURGUGCAAACAGAGUAUUCUAGUUUUCAAAAAGUCAGCAUAGAUUGUAAAAAUUAUUUUUCUCUAAUACUAUAUAUUAUGCUAUUGUUUAAACAAAUGCUAUUAUU